AUGACAGGAGUUGUGGCAGAGUCUGAGAAUCUGCCGCCAAGUGGCGCAGAAGCAAAGUCGUUGGUCGAUGACGCGGGGUUUGCGCCUACCGCACCUCCGCCAGCUGCAGUUGCACCAGCGCCGGUUGACGAAACGGCUGAUGCCUUGGGUUCCAGCAGGAGCCGCGGGAACGGAUCCGGUACCGAGGUGGUAGCUGACGCCGAUGAGGAGGAGCAGGUAGCGGCGGCAGCAGCGAAAGCUGCGUCAGCAGCGGCCUCGCGCAUUGCGUUUCGUUUUCGCACCGUGCGACCAGGAGACUUUGAACCCGAGCGCCACUUUUAUCCGCGCUGUCUUAAUGCUCAAAUUCAUCCGUCUGUGCGUUUCUUCAUGGGCUUGUCCCGGGAGCGCAUCGUGUCUCGUUAUACGCACCUGAAUACGCGGGUCGACCCAGUGGAGCUGCGACGCCUGUUGGCCUACUCGCCGCGAUACUUGCGCUGGGCCGGCUGCGACCUCAUGCACGUUGUGGACUCACGAUCCCAGCGGAAGUGCAUGGUGGUCAUUGAAACCAAUAGUUGUCCCAGUGGUCAAAAGUCGACACCGCUGUUCGAUGACCAAGAUGAAUACGGAGGCUAUCGAACGCUGCUGCAGCGAGCACUGCUGUCACGGUUGGAGUCGCCAGCGGAGCAGCCCAUUGCUGGAGGCAAAUUAGCCGUUCUCUUUGACAAAAAUCCCAUGGAAGCCAGCGGAUACGCAGCGUGUUUGGCUGAGCUCACCAACGAGGAGGUUUAUCUCGUCCCGAUGCUUGAAGAGAACGCUGCCGACUGUGCCGAACCCGAGUUGCGAACGCUCGCCGACGGUGCUCGGGGUCAAGCGACGACCGGAAUACGCGCUACAGACGGGAGCCCGACGAGCGCGCCUGCGACCUCGAGCGGUACAAACGUGGCGAACGGACGAUCGUAUGCCUUUUUCAAGAAUGGCAUUCUAUACGUUCGGCGACCGAAAGAACACUUGCUGGAGAGUAUGAUUCCGAAUGGCGCAAACAAUUGUGCAGCUCGUGACCGCGUAAGCGUUGUACUCCCGCCGGAUUCACGAAAGCAAACAUGCGAAGCACAGCCAGCUCUGCGCUCCGAGGCGGCAUCGACAACCGCAGGUAAGAACGGCAUCCUCCGAGACGACGACACAGCCGACGUUGUGCCGAUUCGGGCGGCGCUGCGCUAUGUGACCCAGCGCCCAUGGAACCGGAUACCGGUGCACACGCAGACGAUCAUCACCAAUUCUGUUGUAUCAUGUCUUGCUGGCGGGCGCAACAAGCUCGUUGCAGCAAAAGCCUACGACAAUGCCAACGUGGAGCUGAUGGCUUGCGGCCUGGAGAUUCGCACGCCACUGACGAUCCGCGACGUGCCCCUGAACAUGCUCAGGCGAUGGGUUGAUCGCCUCGGCGGCUUUGCCGCAAUCAAGGUUCCAUACUCCAAUGCAGGGCAAGGUGUUUUCACGAUCACUUCCCAGGAGGAGUUUGACAGAUUCUACGAGGCCGAAUCUAAGCGUCCGAACCGAUACGACAAGUACAUCGUGCAAGCGCUGAUUUCGAACCAUGAAUGGUCUUCCGCAGGGAGCGGCACAUCAGCAGCAGGCUCCGUCGAAUCCUACAGUCGCCUCUAUCAUGUGGGUACCAUGCCGGAUAAGCGCGGUCACAUCUACGUCAAUGAUCUCCGCUUGAUGAUCUGUGGCGGGCCGGACGGCUUUGUGCCCGUCGGUCUCUACGCGCGCCGAGCUCGCGCACCGCUCGCAAAAGAGCCCGGCAACAACAGUUGGGAGCAACUCGGCACCAAUCUCUCCGUCAAGGUCGGCGAAGGCCUGUUCACAUCUGAAUCCGAGCGCCUCAUGCUUAUGGACAAGAAAGAUUUUAAUCUGCUGGGUCUGAGUCUCGAUGAUCUUAUCGACGCCUUCGUGGAGACCUGCCUCGCCGUUCGAGCCAUAGAUGUCAUGGCCCAGUGGCUCUGUUCGGAUGCCGGCGGUCGAUUCAGCCUGCCCCUCUUCCGUUCGGUCUGUGGAGAUGAUUCGCUCAUUCGGGAGAUCAUACGGGGCAGUCCAGAACUCCAAAACGCUUCAGGGUGA